AAUUAAUGGGCUCACCUGAUAAACAUUUUUCUGUCCAAGUUAUCUUUGGAGAGCUACGACAACUAUACGCGCUCCGGGAACUCCAGAAGUGAAAGAAAAGACACGGAUCGGCUGGAAUGAAUGAAGGGAUAAACGGAGUUUGUUUUGGAUGAGGGGCGGACAGGGGAAGAACAGCCGAGCGGCGAAAGGAGACCGUGAGAGAAUACUGUCAGUGGCAGGAGGACCGGAGUGGAAUAACCCACAGAAAGACUGAUACACGCAAUAAACCUGUGCACACGGAUAGAGAAGAAGGAUGCAUUUCCAGGUGGGCAGUGGCCUCUUGUGGCCGCUCCUGGUAAUUCUCCUCGGCGUCCCUGCAGCGCGCCUGGCGAAGUGUCCCAAACAGUGCGUCUGUGACCAGAUACAGCUCGCCAUCACCUGCGUCAACAAAAACUUGACAGAAGUUCCAGUAGUGGACGAGAUUACAGUGAAGCUCGACCUGCGAGGGAACGACAUCCAGCAGCUGCCCACGGGGGCGUUCAAGCACACCCCUUACCUGACGCACCUGUCCCUGCAGCGCUGCAACAUCCGCUCGGUGAAGGAGGGGGCCUUCCGCAGCCUGGGAAGGCUGGUGUUCCUCAACCUGGCCCACAACAACAUCGACAUCCUCUACCAGGAGUCCUUCGACGGCCUCCCCUCGCUGAAGCAGCUGGUGAUCGACUGGAACCGCGUGGAGGAGAUCCAGCCAGGAGCCUUCUCUCAGCUGGGCUUCCUCAACCUGCUUUCCCUCACACACAACCAGCUGGUGUACAUACCAAACAUGGCCUUCCAGGGCUUGCAGAACAUCAAGUGGCUGCGGCUCAGCCACAACUCUCUGAACUACCUGGACGUGGAGGCCUUCGGUGGCCUGGUUACCCUGAACCGCCUCAGCCUGGACCACAACGAGCUGCAGUUCUUCCCCUCCGAGACCAUGACCAGGCUCCCUGAGGUGACCCGUGUCGACAUGGGCUACAACCCCAUGACCUACCUGGGGGAGGAGACGGUGUCCAUGCCCAAGCUCACCCACCUCUUCCUGGACCACAUGUUCCUGCAGGACCUGGCCUACACGGCCCUGCACCGCACCCCCAAGCUGGUCCACUUGGACAUCAGCCACAACCAGCUCCGCGUGCUCCAGCCCUUCUCCGAGGGCGCCCCCAGCCUGGCGCGCCUCAACCUGGCCGGGAACCCCAUCUACUGCAACUGCUACCUGCGCCCCCUCAGGGAGUGGGCCAUCGACAGCAAGGUCAGGCUGCUGGGGACGUGCGGCGGACCGGACCACUUCUCCGGGGAGCACCUGGACACCCUUUACCCCCGGGACCUCCGCUGUCAGAGCCAGGACGCCAUGCUGAAGGCGGAGUUCGAGGAGGCCACCAGAGUGGCUCCGCCCACCGAAGCACCGCCGCCCAGGGUCAAAUGCCCCGCCAACUGUGCAUGCGAGGCCGAGACGAACCACUCCACCUGCGAGAACCGCGGCCACACCAAGGUUCCUCAGGGCUUCUCGGCCGACACCAAACUCCUCGACCUGCGUGGCAACCACUUCCACUACGUCCCUAGCAACAGCUUCCCCGGCGUCCCACAGGUGGUGUCGCUCCACCUGCAGCGCUGCAAGAUCGCGGAGGUGGAGGACGGCGCCUUCACCGGGAUGAAGGGGCUGGUCUACCUGUACCUGUCCGAGAACGACCUCACCUCGCUCAGCCCGGAGGCUUUCAAAGGUCUCCCUCACCUGACCUACCUCCACCUGGAGAAGAACCGCUUCACCCGCUUCCCCAAAGGAGCCUUCAGGCUGGUGCCGGGUCUGCAGGCGCUCCACCUGGAGCACAACGCCAUCGUCAAGCUGGAGUCGGGCUCCCUGGUGGGCGGUGCGGAGGGCGUCCGCGGCCUCUACCUCACGGGGAACGUUAUCAACGGCGUCUCGGCUCGGGCGCUGGAGCGGGCCGACGCCCUCGACACCCUGCACCUCGGGGGCAACAAGCUGAAGGAGGUGCCCAGCCAGGCGCUGGGCCAUGCAGGGAACCUGGGGGAGCUGAAGCUGUCCGGGAACCCCAUCCGCUGGGUGGGGGCCAACGCCUUCCGGGCCCUGGGGGCCACCCUGAAGGACCUGUACCUGGACCACACCGGGCUGGAGAAGAUGUCCAAGGACUCUCUGGCUGGCCUGGGUCCUGGGCUGAGAAGUCUUUACCUGGAGGGCAAUCGCCUGGAGGUGGUGCCUGACCUCAACCCUUUGACCUCUCUGGAGGUCAUCAACCUAGCGGAGAACCCUCUGCUCUGUGACUGCCCCCUGCUAGCCUUACGCAUGUGGAUCGAGAGGGUCAACCUGAAGGUGCGGGCCACCUGCGCCAACCCCCCUGAGAUCCGGGGCCGCCGCGUGAAGGACGUCCACAUCUUCAGGGCCUGCCCGGGCGGAGAGAGCCUGCUGUACUCCCCCACGCUCGGCCCCAAGACCUCCAGGACGCCCAAGACCACCAAGCCAAAACCGGCACACCUGAACAGCCCUCAGAUGAUCCCGAUGUCCAAAGCCAGAUCCAAACCACGCAUGGGUCUGAGAGCGAGGCCGGGGGGGGCUAAGAAGACGGGCCAGAGACGCAACGAGGCUUGAGCCUGUACUUCCUGUAAGGGGAGCUCCCUAACAAACAGGGGCUCCUUUAGUGUGCCUUGUGGCAUCCCAGUCAGUCAUAAAGGACAGCCCACCUCGACACACGACGAACCAAUGGGUAUGGGCAACUAUAGAAAUUAUAAAGAGUAGGGGUAUACUUUGUAAAGCUCCCAAAAAGAGCCUAUUAAAAUCUUUACAUGAGUUACGUCUUCACCAUACCGCUUAUCGAACGCUUAGUAUGAACAGAAGGAUAUGGAUUUGAGUUUCUAAAGACCACAGCUAGUUCUUUUUUUUACUUAUGGUCUAAAGUAUUUUAAGGCUUGUCAUUAACCACUACAAAACUAUACUCCCAUAGUAUUUCCUUGUUUCUGUAGAUUAUAUUUCAAGAUUCACCAUUCUUCCUCGUUAACGCCACAUUCCUUGCGAUAAUUGGCCCGAUAGCAGUCUCAGAGGUUUAAUUGAUUCAUUUAAUUAUCGUCCCAAUAUCAGGGCCCUGGUCCAUCUUAAUGAAAGUGGGCCCUAAAUGUUAUUAAUUGCACCUGUGUAUACUAUGCAAUGUCAUGUCAAAAUGGGUGCUGUGUGUCAAAGGCCUGUUGAUCCAACAUUCAGACACAUGGUUCAGUGUAUACAUUUAAUCAAUAGAUUGCUCGUAAACCCAAAGGAGAAAAUAACUGUUAAACAAAGAAUAAUAAAACAAAACAAAUGUACAACAUGUAAA